CCAGACCCUGCCCGCCAUACAAAUAAGCGUGGUCUCGCUUUUAUUGAACCCACUUUUAAGGUCACGCUCCCACGUCCUUCUGCCGUGUUACACAUCCUCCUCGGUGAUUCGUUAUAACUGUACGCGUAGCUGCUUAGUAAGAGUUGCAAAACUUCCACAUACUUUUCCGGGCAACUUUUUCUGAAGAAGAAACGUCAUCAAAUAGAUAGUUUUUGUUUUUAUUGUUGUUCUUGUUUUGUUUUGUUUUGGACGUCUCCACCUGUGAGCAUGACGCGGAGGUCGUGCGCUAUCUACGCGGUGGGCGUCAUCUGCGCCACCCUGCUCGUCGUGGGCAUCGGCUUGAUCGCCUCGCAGGCUUUUCGCCGGCUGAUGCACAACCGCCUCAAGAAGGAGAUUGUUUUGGUGGAGGGCAGCCGCGUGUUUGAGUCAUGGAAGAGGCCCCCUCCUCCCGUCUACAUGGAGUACUACUUCUUCAAUGUGACCAACGUAGAUGAGUUCCUCGCUGGGGCCAAACCCGUGGUCAACCAGGUCGGGCCCUACACAUACAGGGAGUACAGGUACAAGGACAACGUCACCAUGGUGGAUGAUGGCAAAAUGGUGUCGGGGUACAACACUAAAAGCUUUGUGUUCCUGAUGGACAAGUCUGUCGGCGACCCUGCACAGGAUAACAUCACCACUGUUAAUAUACCGGCUUGGGCUGUGAUGAACAAGGUCAAAGGGAGCUUCUGGAAAUCCUCCAUGGUGUCCAUUUGGAUGAACUCCAUCGGGAGCGGCCUAUUCACCACACGCACUGUGGACGAACUGUUGUGGGGCUACGAGGACCCCCUGCUAGCCCGCAUCGCUCCGAGCAAUCCGGAAGUCGAGACCAUUUUUGGUCUUAUGUAUAAGAAAAAUGGAUCCAACGAUGGGGAAUUCGUCUUUCACACUGGGAAGCAGAAUUACUUGGAUUACGGCCGAGUGGAAACAUGGAAAGGUCAAAGCCAGCUGACCUUCUGGAACUCCAACCAAAGCAACAGCAUCAACGGGUCCGACGGAAGUGCCUUUCAUCCCCUACUGAAAAAGGACGAGCGCAUUUACAUCUUCACCCCGGACCUUUGCAGGUCCAUCUAUAUGGAGUUUGAGAAGGACGUAGAGGUAAGAGGGAUACCAGCAUACCGGUUCACGCCGCCACGCUCAGUCCUGGCCAGCAAAGAGGAAAAUCCGGCCAAUGAGGGUUUCUGCAUCACCCCGCAGGAGUGCCUUGGAACGGGCCUCCUCAAAGUCAGUCCUUGUCGGAAAGGCGCUCCAGUCGUGGCCUCUUUUCCUCAUUUCUACCUCGCAGAUUCCAAAUAUGCGGCAGCUAUCGAAGGAAUGUCCCCUGAGAGAACUCACCACCAAACCUACCUCGACCUAAACCCGACCACUGGCAUAAUUGUACGUGGGAACAAGAGAGCGCAGAUCAACAUCUUAAUGAAUAGAAUUUCCGGUUUCCCGAAAACCAGAGGUCUUAACGACACCAUCUUCCCCGUCAUGUUCCUGAAUGAGAGCGUGGUCAUAGAUGAGGCAUCAGCGGCGAGGGUCCACAAGCUGCUGAUGAUCGUCACGGUGGUGUCCAACUUCCCGCUCAUUUUUGUGGCUCUUGGUGGCAUCAUGCUGCUGGUCCUGAUCGUCCUGCUGAUGCGCGAGCGCAAGCAGAAGGCCAGCGGUGAGGAGAACACGUCUUACUCUCCGGCGUGUGAAAAGGAAAAAGAAGACCCUCAAAAUGGAACGUACAUCGGUCUGACGCCCAAGGUGGACGCGCAAGCUUGAGCACUGUCGCCAUCGAUGUUUUGAAGUACAAAACACCACUGCAAAUUAUAUGUCCACACCCUUCAAUUUGUCAGCGAAAACACAUUUCAUUGUUUAUUUAAUGAGUUAAUGAGGCUGCUAAUUAUGGAUGGAAACAUCUAGAGAUUGCAAUCAAAACAAAAAUGACUGAAAUGGGGUUGGGAUCAAUAUUUCAGUAUUAGACUGUCAGGAUCAGCCCCUGACUACAUUUUUCAAGAGCCCAUACAGGGAGGGAAAAAGGACAGUCAGUCAGUAUUAAAAUCCUACGCCCCCGCUACUAAAUAUUACCAAACAUUGUUUCUAUGCCUACUGCCUAAAAGUAUCUUUUAUGUAUAAUGACAGUGUUUGGUCGCUCACAACCCUCUCACUGGCAUGAGCAUCAGACAAAAACGCUGUAUAUUUUGUAAAAUAAGAAAGUCCUUCUCAUUUUUUUUCUUGUUGUAAAUGUUCCUGUAGAAAAUGUCCAAAUGAAGAACUUCAGGUCUGCUUAGAGUAGGUCAACACUUUUGUCGAAGCCCCUUUCACACCGCCUAUAAAUACAGCAUUUUCCUAUAUCGCUGUAUUCUGCAUGAAUGACACGAACACAGAAUGGGGUGACAAGGUUGACCAUGAAAAAGUCCGCCUUCAGAGGUAGUAUCAGAGCCAUAAAAGCUGCUUUUACACUACCUGUAAAAGACAGCAUUGUUCUACCUUUUUUUAAAGCUGCUGUUUGAUAUACUGUAAAUGGCACUGAUGCAAAAUAGGGCACAAAGUGGAAGUGACAUUUUUCCACCCUCAGUCGUCGCAUCAAAACCGUAACAGAACCUGUGUCUAAAUCCCCUUUUACACUGCUUCUAAAAUCCAUAAUUUUUCCAUCCUUUUUGCAUGUUGCUGUUCUGUAUAAAUGGCACCGGAGGUCUGUAUAAAUGGCACCGGAGGUGGGCCGAUGCCUGCCUGUAACUGUGUUCCGCAAAGUUGGGAGAGGGGUCAAGUUUAACGCUGACAGCAUUCAAAAAUUUAGAAAAGGUUCAAUUAAGUUCACCUGUAAUGCUUAUGGUGCAUAUUAGGUUCAAUUUUGUCAGUAGUGUAUUUUGCAUUCGAAAAUUUUCAAAUAUUUCACAAAUAUUUGCACACCACCCCAAAACAAAAUUGUCAGCAAAAGUGUGAGUGAAAUCUGGGGCAGUUUACUUGAACACAAAGCUUGUUGUAUGAAUGGCAACAGAGGGAUACAAAGGUUAACUGGACCUUCUGCCAUCUAGGGGAAAGAGCAUUUACUUCUUCUGCCUUUCACUGUUGUGUCAAUGGCAGAGAUACAGUAGAUCAACAAAGAUACAAUAUUUGUAGUGAAUAAAUCAUACUUUUCGGGCUAAUUAAGUGAAAUCGGAUCAUUUCCGGGAGCACACCUGAUGAUCGGCACAGUGGUUGGGAGUCACUGAUGGAAAUUAUUGGAUUCUGGAAUGUGGCGGCAUUGUGCCAAAGUGUCCACAGUUUUGGCGAUAUCCCACGCCGUCCGGUUCUGUGAAAAUAGCAAAGGUGGAUAAUUAAUGGGUCUCCUGCUCUGAUGUUCAGAUUGGGGAUAGUUCAUGCAGUACUAGUUUUUUUCUGUAUUUUAACUGCUCCUACUAAUUGUUACUGUAAUGUUACCGCUCAGUGUUCUAUUUGGAAAACUGCCUCAUCCUCCAGUCCAAACACUUCUACCGGCAUGGAAGAAAUGAGGAUUAUUAGUAUUUUUUUUUUAAUUGUUCAAUGCUGCAUUGGAGCCACAGCGGUGAAGGCGUCAUCAUUUGUGAAAUUGUGCUGCCUGUAAAUACUCUUUUUUUUAUUCUCUAUUCUAUUCUUGCAACCAAACACAAUCAUGCCUCAAGUGUAUAGUUUUGCUCGAGUUGUGUCUCAAGGCUUUUAACAUUGUUUAGAAAAUUGCUGCUCGGCAAUUCGAUAUUUUUUAACACUGAUGAGUCCAUUUCUGCUCUUAUUAUUAUUGUAUUAUGUUAUUAUUAGUUAGGCAUGGGCAUAACAAUCCAUACAUUCUGCCAAUCGUGUGGAAUCUAUUGUCGAUCAAUCGUGUCUUGAAACGGAGGCAAUGUGGAGUGGACCAAUAUUCCCUCAACUAGUUUGCUAUCUAAAGAAGAACAAAUUGUUAAAUUCUGUAACAAUGUACAUCAUUUCAAAUAACUCUUCAUCAAUCUUAAUUAAUGGUAAGACUUUGGUUAAAGACAUACAUGAAAAAAUAAUAUAAAGAAUACAUGACCGUGUAUGACAAUAAAGUAGUAUUUUCCGAGUUAAUUUUUUUUAAGUAAUCUUAUGUAAAUGAAGCUGUGUUUUAAAAAAGAACGUUUAUGGAAUUGACUGUCGAUGAAUCACAUCUUGAAGUCAUGGAUGUCAAAUGGAGUGCACUAUUUAACUAGUUCGCAGUCUAAAGAAGAAAUGAUUGUGUAAUUUCGUAAAUUUAUGAGAAUAGCAUCCUAAUUUGUUCGGAAAAAGUAGCAACAUUACUAGGAAACAAAAAAAUUUACAAGAAUAAUGUUUUCUUCGGGAAAAAUUGUCAUAAUAAUACGAGUUAAAAAGUACAUCACAACAUCACAAGAAUUAAUUUUUAUUUUUCUAGACAAAAAAGGUAAAUUAAUAUAACGUUAUAUUGAGCACAUCCACAGCACAACUCCUCUGAGCAGCAUUAUAUGUUCAAUAGCACACAACAUUCAUAUUUUAAAAAUGACAAAAAACUGAAUGUUUUUUUUUUUCCUUAGUCGAUGGAGGAAGUUUAGUGCUCAUCCCUUGUCUUAGUGGUAACAUUUGACUGCUAUGUUGUUAUAUUAAUUUGCUGUUUUUAAUUUUAAUGUCUUUAAUUUUUUAGUAAAUUCAUCAUUUAGAUAUCUGUUAUGGUAAUGGUGACGAUUCAUGGAGAGUGCAUCUUGUAGUCUAAGUUCACAAUCAUCAGAUGAAUGAAAUCGCCAACUUUGUUGUGUGUGGGUUUUUUUUUUUUUUUUUAUGAUCUUCAAAAAACCAAAAAGCAAAGCACAAAAUGGAUGCCAUGCCGUUUGAUUACAGACUGUACUUUAUGAAAUUAUCGUUAUUGUUAUAACCGUGUAUGUAUCCUUCUAACCGUCUUUAUUUUGUGAAAUGUUGAUGUGUUUUCACUGUGUACGCAAAAUAAAACAAUAGGUCUUAGUGUGCUGACUUUACCU